ACCCGGAAGUAGGGUCUUUUUUGUUUUUGACGCAUGUAAUUCCUUCAGAGUGCUCUCCUGACUGGGUCCUGCUCCUGAUCACCUUCACCGCGGCUCCGUCCUCCUCUGUCACCCCGCAGACUGUCCCAGAGCCCGCACACAGCCCGCACACAGCCCGCACACAGAGCAUGCUGUCCGGGGCAGAGGCCAUGCUCAAAGGCGUGGAGGCGCCGCUCUUCUGGCUGGGUGCAGCGACCGCGGCCUGGCUCUCCGUGUGCGCGGUGUACCGUCUGCUCUCCGGCCUCCGAGUGUGGUUCUUGGGCAACGGGCGUCUGGUCUCCCCCGCCAACCUGGGCCAGUGGGCAGUGGUGACAGGAGCUACAGACGGCAUUGGGAAGGCCUACGCAGAGGAGCUGGCACGUCGAGGCUUCUCUAUUGUGCUGAUCAGCCGCUCCCAGGACAAACUGGACGACGUGGCCAAGGCUGUGGAGAGCAAAUACGGGGUCCAGACCAAAACCAUCGCAGCGGACUUCAGCUCUGUGGAUAUCUACUCCAACAUCGAGGACGGGCUCCGGGGCUUGGAGAUCGGGGUCCUGGUGAACAAUGUUGGGAUUUCCUACUCCUAUCCAGAAUUCUUCCUCCGGAUUCCCAAUCUGAACAGUUUUAUUGACACUAUGGUCAACAUCAACAUCGUUUCUGUUUGCCAAAUGACUCGGAUUGUGCUGCCCCAAAUGGUGGAUAGGAAGAAGGGAGCCAUCUUGAACCUGUCAUCGGCCAGUGGCAUGCAUCCUUUACCUCUGCUCACAGUCUACUCCGCCUCCAAGGCAUUUGUGGACUAUUUCUCACAAGGACUACAGGCAGAGUACAAGAGCAAAGGUGUCAUCAUUCAGAGCAUCAUGCCGUUCUACGUGGCCACUAAGAUGAGUAAGAUCCGGCGCCCGACCCUGGACAAGCCCACCCCCGAGCGCUACGUGAAGGCCGCUCUCAACACCGUGGGACUGCAGGAGCGCACCAACGGAUACCUGCCCCACGCCGUCAUGGCGUGGGUGACCAGCUCGCUCCCCACCGGCCUCUUCCACAAAUACGUCAUGGGGAUGGGUCUGUCCCAAAGGGCCCGCUACCUCAAGAAGCAGAAGACCGGCUAGACCAAGAGCUAGACCAAGGACUGGACCACGGGCUAGACCAUGGACCGGACCAUGGGCCAGACCACCGGAUAGACCUGAGCUGGAUCACUACGUCAGGGGCAGACCAACCAACAACCAACCAACUGUAUUAUCUGGAGCUUUAGUUCACACAGGCUACAUUUAACACCAUGCAAUGAAUGGACUUAAUUGCUUUCAGUCUUUAAAAUGUCUUGAAUUUCAAAUAUUUCUUUUUUGUUUUUUUUUUUGUUUGUUUACACUUCAGAGAUAUUGCCUCUAUCACUUGUUUCAGUACCGUAUUUUCUGCACUUUAAGGCACUCUGGAUUAUAAAGCGCCAUUGCGUCAUUGAAUGGUCUAUUUUCAAACUUUUUUCACAUGUAAACCGCACCGGACUUUAAACGAAACACAACAGUUAGAUGAGUCAGUCGGACUUUGGCACGUUCACGGUGACUCUCGUCUCUGUUCAGUUGUGGUGCGUGGGGAGGGUGCUGUCUCGGACCGCUGGAUUGUUGACGUGUUCGCAGUGACUCAGUUGUUCAGUCGUGGCUAGAAGUGGCACAUUGCACUCUGUUUUUCGGUCUGUUCCUCCGUUCCAUUCCUUGUCUGCGUGGAGUGAUGAGUGUGGCUGUGGGUGUUUUUCAUUACACGGUCGCUGUCUACUCCGUGUGUUGCGUGCGCUGUGGGUGGUGCAGCUUUGUAGUUUACUGAAGUCGUGCUGGGACACCCGAGUGGAUUCGUGUAUAGGGCGCUCUGGAUUGUGGGGCGCGCAGUUGUUUUUUGAUGGGGUUAGAGGCUUAUGAGCGCGUCCUAUAGUGCGGAAAAUACUGUAUUUAUUUUUGUUUGUUUCAACCAAAAUCAUCUGCCAGUGGAGAAAGAGAGGAUACAGAAAGGAGUCAGAACUAUUCAUCCAUUUUCUUCCACUUUGUCUGGGGCUGAUUUGUAUUUAGCAAAUACUUCCUCCAGCUCUUCUGGGGAGAUCCUGAGGUGUUCUGAGGCCAGCUUAGAGACAUAGUCCCUCCAGCGUGUCCUGAGUCUUCCUAUGGAGGAAGUCAAUAUUCUGAAACAGUAAAAUCAGUAGACUCAUCCAAUCAAAUUAAAUAUUUUGAAUUCAAGUCAUUUGAACUCUUCUAGAUCAUCCUUUUUGCUUUGUGAAUCUACAGAUAUUUUUUAAAUUGGAAAAUAUUCUUUGUUUCAUCAUUGUUCAAUUUACUUCAGUGUUGUUCCACUGUUGCUUUCACUAUUAUCAGUAGUAUACUUGACUUAAGGGAAGUGUGUCAUUUUGUGCAUUUUUUUUUAUCACCUGUUUGACCAAAGUUUAACCAAAAUACUAAAAUCUUCAGUUUUACAGUAAUACGGAUUUUCAUUUUCAACUGUGAUUAUAUUUGAUUUGUGAAUGCUUUGUUUUCUACAUUCCAUAAACACAGACAGUGCACAUACACAGACAUGUCAGAGGCAGUUUGUCUAGAAUGAAUCUUCUUUUGCAAUAAAAAUCUCUUCAAAAAUG